AAGUAAGUGUCACUGUUGUGACACAGUCACAACAAUAUAAAACAUUGUAAAACAACAUUUAUGUACAUUUUUUGCUUUACAAUGUAUUAUAUUUGUAAUGAUAUGCAACUUUUGAAAAAUGUAUCAAACAAUACUGCACAGAUAGAAUAGUGUCGCACAUUUAUAUGCAUAUAAUUAAAGUUUCUAUAUUGUAAAAAUUAUUCUGAUAAUUAGUAUCUCAUACACAAAUUCUUGAGUAUCAUUAUAUAAAAUAAUCGACAGAUAUAAUUUUCUUUGAGCAAAUAAAAUGUCUGAUGGAAAAAACUCUAACGGCCCAUGAAUAUAUUAAAUAAUAAUUAAAUAUUGUGCUGAAAACAUAUAUAAAUAUCCUUAAAUUAAGUAUAAACGCAAUCACUUAUUGUGCAAUCGUUUAUUUUGCAUACAGUUAAUGUUGCAUUGUAAACAGAUCACUGCAUCCUUGACCCAGUAUGUCAACUCAACUAAGUUUUCUCGAGAAAAUGUACAUUCCGUUUAUGCACUGUUGAACAUGCGAAAUUGAUUCGUUUACAUCAUAAAACAAUUAUAUAGUUUUUACAGCUUGAUGCAAUAUAUAUUUAAAAAAAAAGUGCUCUAAGUAUUCAACAAGUAUUGCAUAAUCAGUGUGUACUAUAUGUUGUAAUAUAUUUAAGUAAUUUAACAAAUUUUUAAAAUUUCCAUAUUAGAAAUAUUCUGCAUAAUUUGCAAAGGUGUUUAAAUAGGCAAGCAAAAUACAUGCUCUUUAUUCAAUUAAAAAUUUUUGUAAAUCAAUCUCAAUAUUUUUUUUUUUGUACACUUCACUGAUAUAUUCAAAAUAAAUUAACAAUUUAAUCUAAAACACAAUGCAUGUAUAUAAAAAAGAGUUUUUCUAUAAUAAUUUAUAUGAAAUAAAUAUUAUACUUGAGAGAAAUUUAUCAUAUAUAAGUUGAGGAUUCAUAUGAAUUUAAUUGUUGCUUCCUGACAACAGCUAACAUCCUGUCGAAUCCUGAUAACGCGCUGCAUCAUAACAGAAAGGAAGAGCAGCCUCUAGUCUAGUUCGUGACGUGAUAUACAACUGAUCACACGUUAAUCGUUCUUUCUCGCUAGUUAUCUCCUCUCAAAAAUAAAUUUUUCUAUAUUUAGCAAUUAUGAAAUUUUUGCAUGUCGUAUUUAUUCUUAUCGUUAUUAUUCUACAAAACAGAUUGAUUAUUGAAGCGGUAUAUUUAUCUCCUGAUAUAGAAAUCUCUGAAGGAGAAGGAAAAUGUAGUAAAAUAGUUAGUUUUCGAGCAUCCCGAACAGUUCCGUACUUAGAAACAUAUAAAGAGAAGACGUGGGGUAUUUUUUAUAAGACUCGUACUCGAUGGAAUUAUAGAACCGAGUAUUAUACAUCAUGGCGCAAAGGAUACAUGUGUUGCGACGGAUAUGAGCUUAAGAUGAAUUUGAUAUAUCAUUGUGAACCAAUUUGUCAACCUAAAUGUGGAAACGGCAGCUGCAUCAAACCAAACACGUGCAAGUGCUAUUAUGGAUAUGAAGAAAAGCAUACAUUUUUUGACCCCGUCUGUGUUCCUACAUGCAAUCACAGUUGUGUGCAUGGCAAGUGUACCGCACCUGACGUUUGUACAUGCGAUGAUGGAUACUCAUUAAGCAUGGAUGGUUACACUUGUGAACCUGUUUGCAAUUUACCAUGUCUCACAGGAUCAUAUUGCUCCGAACCCAAUCAUUGUGCUUGUCUAAAUGGAUACACUGAUAUAAUCUAUAAAAAUAGUCUCAGAAUACUUAACAAAUGCAAGCCUGUUUGCGAAAAUCAAUGUGUUAACGGCGAAUGCAUCGCCCCUGAUACCUGUAUGUGCAAUAAUGGUUAUGAGCUUGAUCCAGACAAUAUAUUUAUCUGCAAACCCAAGUGCGAGCACGGCUGUCUUUAUGGCACGUGUACAGCACCCAACAUAUGCACUUGCGACAAAGGUUAUUCUUUAAAAGCUCCGAGUACGUGUGAACCAAUUUGCAGUAAAGCUUGCGUCAUGGGUACCUGCGUCGCCCCUGAAAGCUGCAGCUGUUUCGAGGGCUAUGGUUUACUUGAGAAUUCAAAGCACAUUUGCGAACCGGUCUGUGAAAAAGCUUGCCUCAAUGGGAAAUGCACUGCACCUGGCGUAUGCACAUGCAACAAAGGAUUUCGAUUGAGCGGCGAUGAAUCAACGAAACACGUUUGUGAGCCUUACUGCGAAAUUUCUUGCGAACCGUUUGGCGUUUGCACCGCACCGAAUGUUUGCACCUGUUUUGAAGGAUAUCGCUUAGUUGACAAGACCGAAACCAAGAAAACUAAUAUAUUAUAUUUUGCUGAUAACUCAAUAUGCGAGCCAAUCUGCGAUACAGAAUGCAUCAAUGGAUUCUGCAGCGCUCCUGACACGUGUAGUUGUGAUACCGGUUAUCAACCGUCAGGCGGCAAUAUCUGCAAACCCAUUUGUAACAGCAGUUGCGUAAACAGCGUCUGUGCUGCACCCGAAACUUGUACAUGCAACAAAGGUUAUCGUCCUUCCAAAAACAAUUCUUCGAAUAUAUGCGAACCUUUUUGCGAAACUGACUGCAUUAAUGGAUAUUGCAACGCGCCAAACGAAUGCACCUGUAACUUCGGUUAUCAACCUGUCGAGAAUAAUCGUACAAGCCUUUGCGAACCAAUUUGCAAUCCGAGCUGCAAGAAUGGUAUUUGCGUCCAACCCGACGUAUGCAAUUGCAAACCAGGCUAUCGUCAAUCGACGCAUUCUAUGAACGUAUGCGAUCCUAUCUGUCACCCAGCCUGCAAAACAAACGGAAUUUGCGAGGCGCCCGACUUGUGCAUUUGUGAAGAUAAAUAUCGCAUGGUUUAUUAUGACGAAAAAGAUGUUCCGUUUAAAUGCGAACCGAUCUGCACUGUCGAUUGUGGAAACGGUACGUGCACGGCGCCGGAUAUCUGCACGUGCUUCGAUGGUUAUCGAAAUGCGGAAACAGGUAGAUGCGAGCCUUUCUGCUCAACGUGCAACAAUGGUACGUGCGUCGCACCUGAAAUCUGCGAAUGCGACGACGGAUUUGUCCUCGAAGAUUCGGGCAUCGGACUCAAAGUCAAGGAAUCUCGUUUGAUUUCUGAGAAUGGGCUGGAAAACACAAGUAGAUGCGUGCCGCAUUGCGAAAGUUGCGAUAACGGCGAUUGCGUGGCACCAGACGAAUGUCAAUGUCAUGUCAAUUUCGUGAAAAUCAAAGAUACCUGCGUGCACGCAUGUCAGGGUGGCUGCGGCGCUCAUGGUAAGUGCAUCGAUGAACGCAGGAUUUGCGAAUGCAAUUACGGAUGGACCGGCCCACGUUGUGAUCAACCAAUUUUGUGUAUCUCGAUUUUAAGCGAUGAAAAUAAUCGUACUGAGUCAUUAAAUAUCAUAGAAGAACAGAAUAACACUAUUGAACAUGUACUUAUAAAUAAUCCAGAAUGCCCUGAAUGUAUUAAUAGAAUAAAUAACGAGACUUUGUGCUUUGAGAUGCACAUUAAUGACACACAAAAGAAAACACGAAUUGGUUGUUUAAUAAAUAAAGAAUGUCUUGAACUAAGCAGUCAGUAUAGAAAUGAUAAAGAAAUUAUCAAACUAAGUGGAAUCGCAUGUGGUUUUGGAAUAUUACUUUUGAUAGGAGCAGUAACAACUUACAUAGUACUAAAACGUCGAAAUAGACAAAUUGAUCUAGGUGAUGAGCAGAAACAACGUGCUAUGGGGUUAUUUAAAAGUUUGAUCAUUAUAUUGAUUGCCAGGAUACUAUUUCUACAAAUAGACAAAUUGUAUACAAAUGGUGAAGUUUCCGCAAUGGGGCAUGAUAAGUCUGUGCAUAUACCAAUUAAUAAUUCAACGUGUACUAGAGUGGUCAGCCAUAAGUUGUCAAAAUAUAUUCCUUAUCUAGAAACAUACAAAAUGCGGGAUCAUUUCCUACAUUCAUAUUAUCAUAAGUUUCGCUUGAAUUAUAGGAAAGAGAAUCUUACUGUAAAGAUCGUAGAGCACGAAUGCUGCAAAGGCUAUGUACAAAUUGGUACAGAAUGUGUACCGCAUUGUCCGCAAUCUUGCAAGAAGGGAUACUGCUUGGAACCGAACGUUUGCAUAUGUCACGUAGGAUAUCGCGCUUCGAACGAUACGAACGACAAAGAUACGUGCGUGCCAGUGUGCACAAAUGGUUGCAUCAACGGCACGUGCGUUGAACCUGACAUAUGUAGCUGCAACGAAGAAUACUGGAUGGAUUCAGACGGAUUUACUUGUCGUCCCGUCUGCGACGAGAAAUGCGAACGUAACUAUGGAUAUUGCUACGAACCGCAUGUCUGCUCGUGCCGUUCCGGUUACAAGAAAACCGAAAACGAUUCCAUCUCGUUUACCUGCGAACCUGUUUGCGAUCGCGCGUGCACAAACGGUUAUUGCACAGCGCCUAACGUCUGUAAAUGCCUAGAUGGUUACGAGGUGAGCCAAUUCGAUCGCUUUACCUGCGUGCCUAAAUGCGAUGAGAUCUGCGUUUUCGGCACGUGCAUGGCGCCGCAAAUAUGUUUUUGCAACGACGGUUAUACAGCAAUGAAUGCGAGCGUUUGUGAGCCAAUUUGUAGCCAACCAUGUAAAAUGGGUACUUGCAUCGCACCAGAGACUUGCAGUUGUAACGACGGUUAUGCGUAUCGUAAUGGAAGUUCAAAAUAUGUAUGCGAACCGAUUUGCGAAAUGGACUGUAGCAACGGCACGUGCGUCGCGCCCGGAAUAUGUAUCUGUGACGAGGGCUUUGUUUACGACAAUCAAACGAAUCCAGUUUGCAAGCCGCACUGCACGAUACCUUGUGAACCGAAUGAGAGAUGCACAUCGCCCAAUACAUGCACUUGCUCCGAGGGAUAUCGCUUAACGCAACGUUUGAAUACAAAACUAUUGUGGGAAUCAUUCUCUGUGGCAUUUAAUAAAUAUAUAUGGAAUGAGACACAUCAACGUCCAUGCGAACCAGUUUGCGAUUUUGAAUGCAUCAAGGGUACAUGCACUGCGCCAAACGUAUGUACCUGUGACGAAGAUUAUGAACCAUCGUGGAUCAAAUUGCAUCAACUGUCUUUGCCAAUAAACAAUAGCACAACGCGUAUUUGCGUGCCAAUUGCGCGCGGUGAACCUGCUUGCAACCCUUCGUGCGGGAAUAAUGAAAUAUGCACUGCAUCUCUUACUUGCAUUUGUUACGACGGUUACAUAAGGCAUUCUAACGAUUCAUCCUGCGUACCCCUCUGCACUCAAGGAUGUGCUGAGGGCACGUGUACAGCGCCGGAUCACUGUACGUGUAACGCGGGUUUCGCCCUGAGAAACGAAAGCUUCUGCGAGCCGAUUUGCGAAAGAGGCUGUCAAAAUGGUGAUUGUGUCGCCCCGAAUUAUUGCGUUUGUCAUGAAAAUUUUGUGCCGAAUACCGGAUCUAUUUUUGAGGCGGAAUGCAUUCCCGUGUGCUCCCAUAAUUGUAGUGGUCACGGCACGUGUAUCGUUGAAGACGACGAGUGCAGAUGCAAAUGUCACUACGGUUGGACGGGACGAGAUUGCGAUCUACCGAUUGUAUGUAUCGUAACAAUGGAUUUCAAUAGCAGCGAUAUCAAUAGAAUCACGAUCCGUAACAAUACAAAUAAUAGCAUAAUCAUGCAAGCGUACAAGAACAUGCCGUAUUGUAAUCAAUGCAACAAUUCCCUCAACAAAGAAUCACUCUGCUAUAUAGUACACUCUAAUAAAGGCAAUACGACUCCUAUCGUCAGCUGCUUAUUCAGUACAGAUUUGCCUUGUUAUUUGGCACCUCAUCACAGCGCCUCUAUUAACAUUGCCAAAAUAAUUUGGCCUCUCAUGACUAUUGUAAUAUUAAUUGCAACAAUUCUAAUAGCUGUAGUAUAUUCAAUGUAUCGCAGACGCGAAAAGAAGAAUUUGAUUACAGGUAUGUCGACAAAUAUCUUCGUACGAGAAUCCUUCGUCACCGAAUCUUUGUUACCUGAAAAUGUGAUCGAUCUUUGAAAAUGAGAAAAACAACACGAAAAUCAUCGUAAAAAAUUAUAAAAUUAUAAAAAAUUAUAAUAGUCAUGAUAAGAUAGUAAUAUAGUAGUUACAAUAAUACUGAUAAAUUUUUUUAGAAAAAAAGUGAGGGAAUAUAUUAUAUUUUGUUAUUAAUAAUUAUUUUCUA